GUGUUUUAAUUUUAUUGAACAGUAAUUAAUUUGUUUUUGAAGCAUUCAAUCACUUUAAAUAAUACAAUGCCGGCUCAGUUACACUGUCUAUUUGCACCAUUGGAUGCCGUGGGACACAUGAAUUCAUCAAUAGGUAUAGCAGAGGAACUGAUGCAAAGCGGACACAAAUGUACAUUUGUUAUCACUGAUCAAUGGAAAGGAAAGUUAGUUAAGUAUGGUAUCGAUGAGGUGGUGCUGUCGUCCGAAAUAUAUGAACAACACUCAGAUCCGGCCAAGUCUUUUGCCGAAAGAUUUAUAAGAGAUGGGACAUUGGGUCAGUCAAAAUCAAUAGUAGAAAAUCACAUCAGUUUUUGGGUAAAUACAUUACCAUUUUUCAUCGAAAGAUUACAGUAUUUUGAURAAAGACUAGAAGAUCUGAUACCGAAGCUUAAGCCGGAUAUUAUAGUUUUAGAUCAAGUAUUUAAUGUACCGUCGGUAAUUCGGUCGGGUAUACCAUGGGUACAGGUUUGCAGUUUAAAUCCACUUUUUAUUAUUGACGAUCCGAGGACACCUCCUCAAUCAUCCGGUUUACCAUCUAAUAGUAAUAAUAUAAAGGAAUGGGAGGAAUUCCGGUUGAUAACAAAUUUGGCAAAACAACCGCUGAGGGAAAAGUUCAAUAAUUAUCUUAUUUCAAGAGGUGUUGAACCAUUGAAUUCCGAUUUAUAUGUAAAUCAUUCAAAAUAUCUCAACAUAUAUGCCUAUCCACUGGAACUCGAUUAUCUUGAUUUGCGUCCACUGCCACCCAAUUGGGUCCGUUUUGAUACAUUUCAACGCUAUGAUCGGCACUUGACGUUUGAAGUACCGGAGCAAUUGAAAAAUAAGCCGGGUAAAUUGAUUUACUUUUCUAUGGGAUCUAUGGGUGGCGCAGAUGUCCAGCUUAUGACAAGAUUGGUCAGCAUUUUGUCCAAAUCUCCCAAUAGAUUCAUUGUCUCUAAAGGACCCGGUUAUCUGGAUUAUGAUUUACCAGACAAUAUGUACGGCGAAAAGGUAUUGCCACAGAUACAGGUAAUGCCAAUUGUGGAUCUGGUCAUUACACACGGCGGUAACAAUACAUUUACCGAAGCUUUCUAUUUUGGUAAACCAAUGAUUGUAAUGCCAUUGUUUGUUGACCAACACGACAACGCACAGAGAGUCGAUGAAAUGGGAUUUGGAGUCAGAUUGGAUGCCUACCAGUGCUCAGAGCAACAGUUACUAAAUGCUAUCCAUAAACUUCUUAAUGAUAAUGAUAUGAAUAAUAAAUUACGAAAAAUAUCGAAACGCAUACAAACUGAUAAUAGUAAACAACAUUUGCCUAAAAUUAUCGAAAACUUGGUUCUGCUAACGUCACCUGGUCUUCAAGUAAAGAGUUAUUUUGAUGAAGUGUGGUCUUGGACUGGAAAACCGGUUUCUAAUAAUAUUGCAGAAAACAUUAGGCAUGACGUGUGGCACUCGUCCUAUGUCUAUCAAACGGUCAACUAG